AUGGAAUUUCUAAUGGAAAAGGAUCCGCUAGCAGCAACGAAGUCUACGUUCUGAAAGAACAACAAAAACCAACAACGAAAAUGUACUCUGCUGUGUUCGCUAUCUUCGCAACUCUGUUUGCUCAGAGCUUAGCUGCCGCAAUUAUUGGAGCUCCAGGACUUGGAGUUGGACUUCCACCAUGCUCAUCUGUACUUGGUACCGGCAUUGGCGCUAUCAACCCAGGGGUUGUAUCCGCUGAAUUCACUAGCCUGAGUCCAGGCUUUGGCCUUCCAGGUCUUGGUUUAGGUGCUGCCCCAGGUGUCUUCUCCACUGAAUUCACUUCUACCUUACCAGCUUUUGGCAACUUGGGCCUUGCAGGUCUCGGUUUAGGUGCUGCCCCAGGUGUCUUCUCCACUGAAUUCACUAGCCUGAAUCCAGGCUUUGGCCUUCCAGGUCUUGGUUUAGGUGCUGCCCCAGGUCUCUUCUCCACUGAAUUCACUUCCACCUUACCAGCCCUUGGCAACUUGGGCCUUGCAGGUCUCGGUUUCGGUGCUGCCCCAGGACUCCUAUCCGCUGAAGUCACUACUGCCUUACCAGGCCUUAGCGGUUUAGGCCUUACAGGUCUUGGUUUGGGUGCUGCCCCAGGUUUUGGUUUCGGAAAUCUUGGUUUAGGUGGUCUUGGUAUUGGCCCAGGAUUCCAAACUACUGAAGUUACUUCCGUUAAUGGACUGGGUGCCUUCCCAGGAGUAGCUGGUUUCGGAGGUUUAGGAUAUUUCUAAAUUUCAUAUCAAAUAAACGUUUGGAACAAAAGUCAUCAGGGUUGCCGCAUAACUCAGCUUUUAAACAUCGAUGAAUAAAUCUUUUGUGAAUUGCAAA